AGCAUUGACCCUGAAAACAGUGACAAUUUCGAACGUAGCGUCAUCAUGUAGUUAUGGCAAUUUCUACAGAAGACUCUCAGUACCGCUCUUCUGAAUUGAUAAAAGACCUGAGAACAUAUAGACCAAAAUACCCUAUACCUAAAGAGCUGCUAGAUGUUCGUACGGAAGAGACAUUUUGUGCAUAUUGUGGCGUCAGUUAUCUUAUACUGAACGAGAUAAAAUUUCUUGAAGAUAAAUCCGAAAAUUUGCGAAAAGAAUUGGAACUUGUCAAACACAAACAAUGCUCUCAUUCACCGAUUCCUGGGGGAAAUGUUGACUUGCCAUCAAAUGGUGAAAAACAUGUAUCUGAAGAUAUUGAGCGUUUAUUAAAUGAAAAAGCCGAAAUCAUCCAACAAUUAGAUGAUGCGAAUACAAAAUUAAUUUGUUAUGAAGCUACUGAAAAACAAUUCAUCAAAGAACUUGCCAGAAGUCAAGCUGAAGUUUCAUAUAAUCAAGAAAAACUGAUCGAGCUGUUUGAUUAUUCAAAGAGAGUACGAAAUAAAUUAAAAGAGAAACUAUUCACUGACAGUCUACUUCGUCCAAUAGUUGAUAGAAUCAACAGUUUAAGAGAUCAUAUUUCUACACUGAAUCAAUUAUAUAAUACUUCACUUACACAAUUGAAUAAUCAAUAUAACGAGAUAACUAAUAAACUUGAUUUAGUUACCUUGGAAAAAGAUUCAGCAAUUCAUAAGUUCAAUGAAUUAGAGUUAAAGUAUAAAGAAGAACGUAAUAAUUGGUCAGAAAAACAAGGGGAACAAUUGGGUGAUAUAUUAGUAUUGAAAACAAAAUUAAGUGAAGAAUCUAAACGUUUAGAUACUUUACAUGAUGAGAAAAGACAAUUAAUAUUGAAUUUUGAACAAAGAAUAAACGGUCUAAAAGAAGAAAAUCAAUCAUUUGCUCAUGAAAAUAGAAGUUUAAAAGAAAAAAUUUCAAGUUUAACUGAACAACUAGAUAAUCAAUUACAAAAACAUGAUCUUACUGAAAGAAAUUAUAAAGAAAGAGAAGAAUGUUUACUAAACAAGAUGAUCAAUAUUUCUGAAGAAUUAACUAAUGUCAAAAAAAUGAAUGAUCAGUUGAAUUCAGCAUUGGAGACUAGUAAACAAGAGAUAUUUGAGUUAAAGACCAUCAAAGAUUCACAAAAUGAAAUACAUCGACAAUUGGAAAUUAAACUUCAAGAAAUGGAAAAAGAAUUCAAUGUUCAACAGUAUAAUAAAGAGUUGACAUUAGAGAAAGAAUUCAAAUUAUCAUUCGAGAAAAAAGAACUGGAAUUACAACAAAUUAAAAGUCAAACAAAUCGAAUAAUUGAACAACUGACAUCAGAACUUAAACAAAAAGAAAGAGAAAACAUUGUCUUGCAAGAAGAACAUCGUCGUAUUAUGGAAACGAUGAAAGAGGAAAUUAACCAAUUGACUAAUAGCGUGAACAAUUCGGAUUCCGUUCGAGGAGAACUCGAAAAUCAAAUCCAAAGAUAUCAACAAGAAGUUAGGAACCUCGUCAUAAGUAUUUUUUAUUAAUUAAGAUAAUCGCAAGUGGAGUUCCACAAUCAGGAAUUUGUUUUAAAGGUUGUUUCACACCGCAUAUUACUUAAGAACUAAAACGAAAAAUUAGUAAGUGGAUCAAAUUUGAUUUCCGGACAUAGUCAGCAGGAAUCUCUGAAACUAGAUUUUACGCUAGAUAGCACUCAUCAACAAGAUGUGAUUGAAAUCUUGAUGAAACUUAGGUCGGUCGCUGCACAAAUAUAUCAGUGGUAACGUCUCAAACGGUGAAGCUGGGUGGUAUAGAUCUGAAUCCUAUAGGGAAAACCACUUCUAUUAACACUGCAUACAACGACUGUUGACAAGUCCAAAGCAGCAUGAAGCCUACUCCUAAAGUUAUCCACCGACCUAAUUUAUUAACAAGGAGCGCACGAAUUUCAACAACCUACCAGUGGACACACUGUAGUUUGAUCGAUAAAAUUCGCUCAGCAUUAAAAGACUAGGAAAACAUGUUAUUGGUCACCACUGUGAUUAUAAAUGCUUGAAGAUUAUCCUCAGGUUCCUCACUAUAAACAACGAACGAGUUAUGGGUGAAUGAUUCUGAAGAGUACUAUAAUCAAAAGAUAAACUAUCCUAUUUUAAGUAUAAAUAAAUGUUCUUU